GCAACAUACAUCUAAGGUAGUUCUUUUUCUCCUCAAAUGUAGAUUGAUUCUGUGGCUGAAGAAGUUGAAAAGAGGAAUUUGAUCAAUGAUAUGAUAUUUAUAUAUGGAGGUGUAGGCCCUUUUCAGUCAGAUGUUUCAGUUGCAGGAGUUGCAAAAGCAUUUGGAGUUCGUUUGGCCCCUGAUGAAGAGUUUGAAGAGUAUCUUAGGCAUCUAAUAAGUGAUCAAUGUACAGGUGAUAGGAAUGAGUUGGCUCUAUUGCCUGAGGGUAUCACUGAGUUACUGCACCAUGAAAUGCUACCAGUGCCUUUGAUCAAAUGCCGAAAUGUGAUUAUUCUUACUGCAACAAAUAUUACUGAGCUGAACAAGCAAUGGGACUGUUUAAUUGACUUAACCAGCUCUACUGGCCUGCUAGUUUUGAUGGAACCAUUUUUGUCGAAGCAAUUGGCUACAACUCUUACAGAUGUGGAAACUGCUCAACCUCUAUCAGAACUCUGUCUUGAAUUUCCAGAUCUUUACAUUGGUGGUUUUCGCAAAUCCAGAGUUGGACCCCUUAUCAUCAGUUUUGUGGGGAAGGACCAAGCUAGAAUAGAGUUGGCUAAACAAGUAUUAUGCCAGAAAUUUCAUCCAGGAGCAUUCUCUGAAGUCAACUGUGGGUGAUUCUUCUCUUGUUUAAUGGGACUGCUUGUCACUUUCUGGACCCCUCUCGAGGAUCCCUAUUUGAUGGUGGCACUGCUUACCCAACCUAAAAUGUGGUUCCACGUCUGGAUUGAAAGAAGAUUCCCUGGGCUUGUGCUUUGUUGAAGGAAAACUGAAGGCCAAGUGAAAACUAUUCUUAGGAAUUAGGAUCCUAGACAAUACCUUUAUAAUUUAUGGAGCAUAUUCAUAUAGCUAUUGGGAAUAAACUGGUUAAAAGCCCCAGAAUUUUCCAUAUAAUUCUUGGAAUGGUUUGGGCUCACAGCUUUCUUAAGUCAAGGUUGAAGUAUACAACACGUGACUAAUUAUUAAGAAAAAAAAAUGAUUGUUUAUAUUUCACUUCUGCUUUAUGUAACUAAGGUGUGCAAUCUCUCGGAUUAUAUAUACUCAGUAUUUUUAACUAGAUCAAUUAAUGUAAACCCAAUAGGGUAAUGCUCAA